GGUAGGCGCCUGCGUAGAAGUGGAUGGGCGGCCGUCAGCUUUUCGUUUGGUCAGGCCCAUAGCUAAGCGGCUCCUCCUCUGCCCUCCCCGGCAGCGCUGCUGCUGCUGCUGUUACUACACCGGGUAGGCUUCCAGUCACUAUGGCGGCUCCCGCUGCUGGGAAGGGAAAGUUUUCGCUGUCGGCGGCUGCCUGAGAGGGAGACACCGCUUGGAAGGCGCCCGGCCUUAAGGCCUCUCCCUCGGUGGGAGCGGCGUUGAGCUUCGCUAGGCAAAGCAAAAAGCGCCUGUCCUCAGGAGACGAAGGAGGGAGCGGGAUCCUCAUUCGCAGCCACCUGCAGAGUCACUGAGCAAGCGGCGCCAGAGCACUCGCCGGCCUUUAUCAGGCAGCCCCCUUCCCUUCCUUUCCGGGGUAGGUGGUGCAGUCUUGGCUUUGAGAAUCCACCUCAGCGAGUCCCGCCAGACACCAUCCCACCACCCGCUCCUAUUCCUUUAUUGAUAAGUUAUCUGCAUUGCGUGAGACCAUCGUUGGAGCGACCACAACACUUCUGCUUCCACCUGGCCCACCAACCUGCUGUCAGAUUCCCCUUCACUUGAGAAGACCAUCUUAUGCAAUGGCUGGGAUACAUUUGCAGGUGUAUUGACCCUUAGAUUUGUGGGGAAUAAAACUCCAAUUUCAAUGAUCAAAUUGGUGGUUCAGUUGGCUCUUUGAAAAUUCUAGUCUGGGCCUGUGCUGUCUGAUAAGAGUCGGAGAGCCUGCUCAUGAGUUGGGCAUCCUCCCAUUUGUGGCUGUGAGUUGAUGUGUGAAGAAGAUGAACCACGAACUUACUCCUGGAUCAGUUAAACUGUUUUUGUUACAAAGUCUUCCUAGUGAUUCCCCAGUUCUUGCUCCAGUCUUGUAAAUCUGAUUUCCACUCCCUGAAUCUUUUAUUUUUCUCUAUUGAGGAAAAUCUUGGGCAGUGUUUACGGAAGAGAAUAGAGUCAAUUAUAAACUGAACAAGUAUUUGUAUGUGAGUCAUCCACUUGGAUCUAUAGCCAUCCGCUCCUUAAUUUAACAAGUUCUAUUCUACUUCUGAGUCUUCAGAUGCUUGUUCGUAUUAUUGACAGAGAUGGAUUAAAGUGGAACAUCUUAGAUUUGCAGCAGGCCUUAUUAAAGGAAACAAUGGGGCUUUUUUACUGGAUUAUUGCCAGCCUUAGUUCACAUACUGAAGGUAUAAGUUGUUAGAUCUCAUUUGCAGGUAAUGUUUGUUCUGCCUUAAUGUAAAGUGCAGUGGGAAUUUUGCUUAUCAACUGUGGAGGGUGGACUGGAUCAAGAAGAGCUUCUCUUCUUCCCUGGUUGGUGUGGCACCGCAUAUCUAUUCUCAAUGCCUUCAGCCUUGGCUAUCUUCACUUGCCGCCCGAACUCUCACCCAUUUCAAGAACGUCAUGUCUAUCUGGAUGAGCCUGUCAAAAUUGGGCGCUCUGUGGCUCGAUGUCGACCAGCUCAGAAUAAUGCUACCUUUGACUGUAAGGUCUUGUCUAGGAACCAUGCACUUGUCUGGUUUGACCACAAGACAGGAAAGUUCUAUCUUCAAGACACUAAGAGUAGUAAUGGUACCUUCAUAAAUAGUCAGAGAUUGAGCAGAGGAUCUGAGGAAAGCCCACCAUGUGAAAUUUUAUCUGGUGAUAUCAUUCAGUUUGGCGUAGAUGUGACGGAGAACACACGGAAAGGUAAGGUCACCCAUGGAUGCAUUGUCUCCACAAUAAAACUCUUUCUCCCAGAUGGUAUGGAAGCUAGGCUGCGAUCAGAUGUCAUCCAUGCUUCCUUACCAAGUCCUGUUGAUAAGGUUGCUGCGAACACUCCCAGUAUGUAUUCUCAGGAACUGUUUCAGCUUUCUCAGUAUCUACAGGAAGCCUUACAUAGGGAACAAAUGUUGGAACAGAAACUGGCCACCUUGCAGCGAUUGCUUGCUGUUACUCAAGAGGCAUCAGAUACUAGUUGGCAGGCUUUGAUAGAUGAAGAUAGACUACUAUCAAGGUUAGAGGUUAUGGGAAACCAAUUACAAGCAUGUUCAAAAAAUCAAACAGAAGAGAGCUUACGAAAGGAGCUGAUAGCAUUACAGGAAGACAAACAUAACUAUGAGACAACUGCCAAAGAGUCCCUGAGGCGGGUCCUUCAGGAAAAAAUUGAGGUGGUCAGAAAAGUCUCUGAAGUGGAGCGAAGUUUAAGCAACACUGAAGAUGAAUGUACUCACUUGAAAGAAAUGAAUGAACGGACUCAGGAAGAAUUGCGGGAACUGGCUAAUAAAUACAAUGGAGCAGUAAAUGAAAUUAAAGAUCUCACUGACAAACUAAAGGCAGCUGAAGGGAGACAAGAAGAAAUUCAGCAAAAGGGGCAGGCUGAGAAAAAGGAAUUGCAGCAUAAAAUAGAAGAGAUGGAAGAGAGAGAGCAAGAGCUUCAAGCAAAAAUAGAGGCUUUGCAAGCAGAUAAUGACUUCACCAAUGAACAGCUAACUGCUUUACAAGUCCGGUUAGAACAUCUUCAGGAGAAAGCUCUUAAAGAACACAACAGCUUAGGCAUACAAGUUGAUGACUUCAUUCCUAAAAUUAAUGGGAGCGCAGAAAAAGAGCACUUUCUUUCAAAGAGUGGAGGGGACUGCACUUUUAUUCAUCAGUUCAUAGAGUGCCAGAACAAGCUCAUAGACGAAGGACAUCUUUCCAGAGUGGAUGAAACAAAGAUUCUGAAAGAAAAUCAAGCAAAAGCUAAAGAAGCUGAAUUAUCAGAUACUCUUAGCCCAAGCAAGGAGAAAAGCAGUGACGACACUACAGAUGCUCAAAUGGAGGACCAUGAACUAAAUGAACCUAUUGCUAAAGUAGCCCUCUUAAAAGCAGAUGAAUUGCAGGGUCCACAAUCAGAAACUGAAACUAAACAAGAAAUUCAGCAGCUGCACAAGGAACUGAUUGAAGCCCAAGAGCUAGCUAGAACAAGUAAACAAAAAUGCUUUGAACUACAAGCUCUGUUGGAAGAAGAGAGAAAAGCCUAUCAACUGCAAGCUGAAGAGUCCACCAAACAAAUCCAAGUUCUCCAAGCUCAGUUACAUCAGCUGCAGGAAGAUAUUGAAUGUCUUCGUGAGGAAAAGGAGAGUGAGAUCUCCAGUACUCAAAAUGAAUUGCUUCGCGCUCAGAGUGAGAUUCUGUUACUGCAACAAGUAGCUGAAAAGGCUGCAUCAGAAAGGGAAACAGAUAUUGCUGCUUUACAAGAAGAGCUUCAGAAAGUAAGGGCUGAGCUUGAACGGUGGCGCAAAGAGGCUUCAGAAUAUGAAAAAGAAAUUGUCAAUCUGCAGGCCAGUUUUCAACUACGAUGUCAGCAGUGUGAGGACCAGCAGAGAGAGGAAGCCACCCGGUUACGAGGUGAACUUGAAAAGUUGAGAGAGGAGUGGACUGUUCUUGAAGCUGAAUGCCUUUCAUUAAAGAAGGAGAAUUCUUUGCUUGCAUGUGAACUUCAACAACAGGAGAAGGAGCUACAUAACUCUCAGCAACAGAGUUUAACACUUACCAGUGACCUGAGCGUUCUUGAGCUGACACGAAAGGAACUUGAAAAUAAAAUGGGAUCUUUGAAAGAACAACAUCAUCAACAUGCAGCUGGUCUAAAAACCCUUCUUAAUGAAGCAGAAAACCAAGCCAAGGAUGCUCAAAAUGAGUAUGAAAAGACACAGACCUUACUCUCAGAGCUGAAGGUGAAGUUUGAAAUCACUGAGCAGGAAAAGCAAUCAAUCACAGAUGAACUCAAACAGUGUAAAGACAACCUGAAGCUGCUACAAGAAAAAGGAAAUCAUAAACAAUGGCCUUGGAUGCCUGUGAUGGCAGCUUUGGUAGCUGUGACAGCCAUGGUGCUGUACCCAGGCCUUACCAGAGCUUCUCCAUGAGAACUGUUGUUGAAUCCAUACACCGUCCUCCCUUUAGAAGCUGGCACCAUUCACAUACUGGGGGGAAAACAGAUUCAUCAUGUUCUUUUUUUACCUCUUAGAACCACAGAGUUUGGCUUCAGAACAGCAGUAGGGUCAUUGCUUUAACCUGUACAAAUGUAUCUGUCUAUAAAGAAGGAAUGAAAGUGUGACUUCAUUCUGAUGUGAGCAAUAUAGUUGCUUACAGCUUCAUGUAAUUCUUAAGAUAGUAUGUUGGAGUUCUAAAUACUGUUAUAGUGGCCUAAAGUAGGCUUCUUGGUACCAAAUUAUUUAUGAUGGUUAGGUGUGUGGAUAUUUUACUUAAGAAUCUGAUUGCCAGAUUGAAAGCAAUGCAUUUCUCUCUCCCCCACCCCCAAUUUGAAUAUCCAUGCCAAAUAUCCUUUAAUACUUGGAAGCAUAUGCAGUGUGCUCAGUGCCUUUCAGUUUGACUUUAUCUGUACAUUAACAUACCAUUAUUAUUUUUUACUUGCUGUAAGUCACUGAGCUAUUGGGAACAAUUUUUUUCCAAAUCUUCUAACACAAACAAAUAUUUUUUUUCUUCAGUAAAGGUCCUAUUUUAUUGGGAACUGGUAUAAUUCAUUGUCAGCCUUAAAGAGCUCUAGAAGAAACGGAAGGGACAGCAUCAGUCUAGACUGUUUUUGUGUGCAUGUGUGUGCCUGAGUGAACUAAGGUUUUUCUGGGAGCAAAAUCUUGAUUUUUCUGAUGGACAUAGUGCAGUGAUGCAGUUUUUAUUUUGAAUGUAAUUUAUUAAAUCUCAUGUAUAUAGACACUAUAAAACUCAACAUAUUUUCGCACAUAUCACAUUAUAGAAAUGAUUUUUCCAGUCACUUAUUAUCAAAACCAAGCUGGGGAAGUAAUAUUUGUCUCUUUAAACUGUGCUCUCAUUGGCAUAACUUCAUGAUUAUGUGAAGUGCUUGAGUGCUUCUAUUGUUAGGGGAAGGAAGAAGAAAAAAUCCAAAAUGGACAAGCCUUCUGGAGGGUAGAAUAAUCUAAUUGGUCCUCUAUGCAACAACAUAAGCUGAAAGAAUGUGCUGUCAACAAUUAGCAGCUUUACAUCACAAUUUAUAUAGCCUUAAUAUUAAUGUCUCCAGUAAGUGUUGACUUAUGAAUAGGGGGUAAUUGUAAUUAAAACCUGAAUAAAGUGCUAGCUUGCACCGCUCAACAGCUCUGUUAAUGAAGGUCUAUAUUCAUAUAAAAAGAAUUGCAAAGUGGAAUGAUUCAGCUGAUUCAUAGGAAGACUAUCUCAACAAAGAAAUUAGUUGGUUUACAGGAUGUAAUGGCCAUCAGCAGAUCUAGUUAUUUAAAUAGAGUUUUUAGUUAAUUUGCCUUUGAGGUGUUGAGGGUCACUUUACUUUAAAGGUUCUGUCUUAAGCUAUUUGGGAUGUGUUAAUGGGAGGAUCAUUUAGAUUUAAGAGAAUGUUAGUCCACAGCAUCUUAGAAAAUGUCAUUUUUGUUCAUUUCUUUGUUUUCAUUUGCAGGAAACUGUAACACACAUACAACACACACACACGCCAGUGGUAUUCAGUACCUCUUGUAUAUAGGUUAUUGCAAAUAUUAUUCUGAAAAUGCUUAUCUUCAGAAUUACCUUUUUAAAAGUAAAUAAUUGUUUUAAAUCUAUUUUGUAAAGAUAUAAAAAAACAAUAGAAUUUCUGGAGUACAGAUUGAAUUAUUUGCACUAACACAUGUGAUGUGCAUGAUUUAAUAAAAUAACUUUACUCUU